ACAUCCGGUAAGGUCAAAAACACCGCUCGGGUCAGCUGUUGGAGUGUCAAGAUGGCGGACAUUGGUCCCGAAGCAGAAGCGGCCGUUGUAACUGGAAAUCAGGAGUUCGGCGAGUCCUGCUCCGGCUCGCUGAGGCGCUGCCGUGGACGGCCCCGGCUCCCUGACUCGGACCGGGCUCAGAGGCGCUUGGAGUCGCGGAAGAAGUACGACGUGAGGCGGGUUUACCUGGGCCAGUCGCACCGGCUGUGGAGCGAGCUCCGCCGGAGGACCGGUCUGAGCGACUCGGGACUGGCCGAGUAUCUCGUACAGCUGGACGUUAGAUACGGGGGGAGAUACCGGGAGAGACACGGCGGCAAACAAUUGAACCAGGAGGCGUGCCCAGUGAAACAGAAACAGAGGGAGCAGUGCGAUGUGAACUGUCUGCACAGCCUGGUGAGCUGGUACGAGGAGCACCGGCUGACCUGUCCUCACGAGCCGCAGCUCCGAUCCCUGGAGCCGGGGUUGGGCUUCUCCACCAGCGCGCUGUGGCAGUGCCAGGGAGGACACGGUUUCCACCAGCACCUCUCCUCACCGGACAGGGAGGCCAGCGACUCGGAGAACGAGAGCCACACCGACGGGGCGGCAGGAGGGAAAACGCCCCAGAGCCAGAGGAGGAAACAGGGGUCCAAGCACAGUCGAGACACGACAGAAAGCGCGGAGGACUCGGAGCGCUCGGAGGACUGUGGCACGACGGAGGUGGAGUGCGGUGACGUCCAGAUCGCGGGAGAGACGCCGGCACAGUCCCAGGAAACCGAUUUCAGACAGCCCAGCCCAGCGCGCCUUCACGAGAGGGAGGCGGGGAUCGAGGGGGGUGGACAGGUCAACACUGACCAGACCCUGGAAAACCACACCUGCAACCAGCAGGGGGAAGCUAGCAGCAUUGCCGUACUGCCGUCCGAUACUAACUUUGUGGUGGUGACGACCACCGAUCCAGAGACAGUCCCGGAGGACUCCAGCAGGGGGCACUCUCCUCCUCCUCCACCACCCCCUGCCGCUCCCCUACGACUCGCCAGCCCAGGGGAGCUGUAUGAGCAGCAGACUCUGGAGACAGUGGUGGCUAGCUGUCAAAUUGCAGAUGGAGAAGGCUCUAUGGAGGGCUCACAGGUCAUUAUCAUCACAGGAUCGAGCUACGAGGCGCUGGCUUCGGAGGGUAUCCACCUGGAUGUGGGAGGAAGCGGGUCGGAGGGAGUGAGCUGCACAGUGAUAGAGGGGGUCACAUACAGCCAUGUCUGUGAGACUGGCCCGGGACACUGCGACAGCAUGCACUCCAUCAGAACCAUCGCAGAGAUUGAGAAGGAAGAGACCGACGAGAGCCUGGGGCUGCUGGAGACCCCCGAGAACACAUCCGAGGAGAGGGAGAUGCAGACCGGCUCACGCAGGUCCAAGAGGAGCCGCAGAGGUCCAGUGAUCGAAGCGGACGGCAUGCUGAAGAUGUUUCAUUGUCCGUACGAAGGCUGCAGGCAGGUGUAUGUGGCAAUGAGCAGCUUUCAGAACCACGUGAAUCUGGUUCACAGGAAGGGCAGGACGAAGGUGUGCCCUCACCCUGGCUGUGGGAAGAAGUUCUACCUGUCGAACCACCUCCACCGGCACAUGAUCAUCCACUCCGGGGUCCGUGAUUUUAUCUGUGAAACGUGUGGGAAAUCCUUCAAAAGGAAAAACCACCUGGAGGUGCAUCGAAGAACUCACACAGGAGAGACGCCACUGCAGUGUGAGGUUUGUGGGUACCAGUGUCGGCAGCGCGCCUCUCUAAACUGGCACAUGAAGAAACACAAACCGGAGCUGCAUUACAACUUCACCUGCGAGCAGUGCGGCAAGAGGUUCGAGAAGCUGGAGAGCGUCAAGUUCCACAAACUCAAGAGCCAUCCGGACAAGCAGGCGGUGUGAGAGACUACGGGCAGGGACCUGCAGACUCCCUGGAGAAACAGGCAGGGCUGUCUCUCGCUCAGGAUCCUGCAGACUAUCCACAGAAACAGACAGGACUGCCCCUCGCUCAGGAUCCUGCAGACUCUCCAGAGAAACAGACGGGGCUGUCUCUCGCUCAGGAUCCUGCAGACUCCCUGGAGAAACAGACAGGGCUGUCUCUCGCUCAGGAUCCUGCAGACUCCCUGGAGAAACAGGCAGGGCUGUCUCUCGCUCAGGAUCCUGCAGACUCUCCAGAGAAACAGGCAGGGCUGUCUCUCACUCAGGAUCCUGCAGACUCUCCAGAGAAACAGGCAGGGCUGUCUCUCGCUCAGGAUCCUGCAGACUCUCCAGAGAAACAGGCAGGGCUGUCUCUCGCUCAGGAUCCUGCAGACUCUCCAGAGAAACAGGCAGGGCUGUCCCUCACUCCCUUACUGUUUUGCACUUGAGACCGCAGGGUGAAGCUUAAAACCAGGCACCCCAGCGGACUAUGAACCUGGUGGCUCAGCUCUGAAGCCCAGUUGUGUCUUGGACGAGCGCUGAUAGUCUUGGCUCUUGCAUGCAGGCUGUUCAGCGCUGGCCAGAUUAUGAGAAGAAAUAAUUAUCAGCCAUGUCGAAAUUGCAGAUUACACAAAUCUAAAUAGAUCUUCAGUCUCUGCAAGGGACUGACUGAGAGAGACGGUCUUUAUGCUAAGCUGCUGUGCACAAUAGUGGGUAAUGCAGUUUGCAGCAUUCCGAUCGUAUAUCUGUUUAUUUUAUCAGGAACGUGUGUUCGGAUGCCAGCUCGGAAAGUGGGAAUGGCUGGCCGGGUUUAUCCGAUACACCUCGUCUCUGAUCAGCGUUCCAGACUGAAGUGAGGGGCUGGUUCCAGCUUUUUUCCCUGUUUCUGAAUUUGCACGCAAGGUAGCAGGGAAAAGGAAAAAGGAAAGCUUUGAUAAGGCAAAUUCUCCAACACAUCCCAGCAAUGGAUUUUUGCUCCAACCCUAGCAGUGACCUGCCACUAGGGUUGCAGUAAUGAUCCACUGUUGGCAUGUGUUUGAGAAUUAGUUUCGUCUUCGUUAUUUGCUGUAACUGAAUGUUCUCGAUAAGCGCACUGUAGUAUUGGCGAUAAUCGUCUAAAGCUAAGGUCAGUGCCACUGCUACCGACCAGUCAGGUCAAGAACUGGUUUUCAAUUCCUUUUUAAAAUCCGUUCCCAGUCCCUUCGAACGAAUCUGAAUUGAUGUUUUAGAGAAGUAAUAAGUGUUGCGAUCGCUCAGCUGCUUUCAUUGGAAGCCAGUUUAAUUGACUAACAAACAGCGCCUUCAACGAAAGUCGUGUGUUGCCUCUGUGAGAAGCUCAUUGUAACAGAAUGCAAUGUAAUUGAGCUGCUUUAAUGACUUGGAUUCAUCAGCACCCUCUGUUGGGGGAGAGAACAGUAGGAUGGCUUCACUUAAAAAAAAAAAAAAAAAAGAGGAGGAAGUCACAAUCAGUGGGAUUUGAAACAGGGUUGAUGAUAAUGACCAGGAUCUCUUGUAGAAGAGUCACUGGAAAUGUCAUUAUCAUCAAGCCCUAGUCGCCAUGCAACUACAGUAUUUUUGAAGCUCUCUUUUACAUUGAAACAAAUUGAAUAUAUAUAUAUAGAGAGAGAGAGAAAAUGCUGUUUACAUUUUAAUUGAAUCAGCUGAGUUUAAGAGCUACCAGUAUUUUUAGAUCAGGGGGACACCCUCGCUAAAUCUGCUGUGAGAGAGAGUGUUUGUACAUAUUAACGGCAGUGGAGAAUUCCUUUUAAAAAAUAGCGUUCUCAGAGUUUAAUGGGCUGUAUUCAUCUUCAAACAUCAAAUCUGUACCAUAUCCAAAAAACAAAAUAAAUCCACAGAUCUUACCCGUGAAGGACUGAAAUGUGCAGUUUUGAAAGAAACACAGUAAGCAUGUACUUUCGUUUGAGUACAUUUUUUUCUCUUCCUUGGGGGACGCAUCUGAUUGGUUAUAGGCAAAAAAGAAGCCAGUGAAGGGGUGGGGACAAUUUCACCCUCCAUGUGACACGGGAAGUGCAAGGCCGUGUGAAAGCAGGGCUUGUAAACAGAGAUUCCCUGAAACUGCAGCUUUGAUCAGUGAGGAGUAGGAAUUGAUUACAAGGGAACAGGAACUGGGGAAUUGGUUUUAAAUUGGAAUUGAAAUCCAGGAAUUGACCCAUGACCCUGGUUGUGAUCUUCCAUUCUCUCUAUAGGACUCCAGUGUGCAGUGUUGAAAGAGACACAUGUUGUGUAUUUGGUAUAAUGACUGAAAGGCCAGUUCAGCUUUACCAAAAUGCAUUGUAUGCAAGAGGAAUGUUUAUUAAAAGCGGGGCUAUAGAGACAUGAAGCGACACUAGUAUUGUAUUUUGCCACGUUACAGUAUUCUGGAUAAGGUCUGGGUGCAGUGUGGAUCGCAGACUGGACCCGGCUGCAGCCCCAGUUUGAUACUGGGAACGAGAGGAGAUUGAGUUUCACACACUGGUUUCACGGUACAGGUGGAAAUGGCUUAUGUUUGCCGUGUAAACUCAGAUGUUUGGCAGUUGGGUUUCCUUUCAGUCUGGUGUUUAGUUCGACCUUGUGUUUAUUCUCGUUGGGGAAUUGCUAGCGUUGACGUUUCUAUAAAGUAUUUCUGUACCUUUUUUAAGCAGUGUAUGCACUAAAAGAAUGGAAAGCUGUGAGUUUGUUUUUGCAGUUAAUGUACCAUAAAAAAAAAAUACUAAAUGUAAAAUACUUGUAUAUAAAGCCUUGUACAGAAUGGUCACAAAAACACAAGUUAUGAAAUUGAACA